AUGAGGAGUUUACUCAGGUUGGUGGGCAGAUAUAAGGCUUAUGCUGCGAUGAUCAUCAUUCAGAUUAUUGGCGCAGGCUUGGCUUUGUUAUCAAAAGCUGCAAUUGCUAAGGGAAUGAACCUUUUUGUGUUUGUUGUUUACCGGCAGGCUUUUGCCUUCGUUUCCUUGAGUCCCUUCGCAUUUUUUGACCGUAAACAGGAUACUUCCUUGACAUUCACCGUACUCAGCAAAAUCUUUCUCGUUACCUUGGUUGGGUUAACUUUAGCUACAAACUUUUACUGUGCUUCACUGAACUAUGUCUCUGCAACAUUGGCUUCAGCCUUCGCAAACAUUAUCCCGGCCGUCACUUUCAUCAUGGCUGUUAUAUUCAGGGUGGAAAGCGUUUCCAUGAAGCAAAUGGAUGGGAAAGCCAAGAUUGUGGGUUCUAUUUUGAGCCUUGGUGGGGCAAUAAUAUUUGCUUUGGUCAAAGGGCCUCCAGUAAUGGGUUCCGCAAAGGGGCACGCAUCAAAUGAGCAGCAUAAUUCUCAUUCACUUGUAGGAUCUCACUCUAAAGGAGAUCAAAUCAAAGGAGUUAUUAUGAUGCUCUCAUCAAACGUCACUAUGGCUUUGUGGCUUAUUUUGCAGGGAUUUGUUGUGAAGAAAUACCCAGCAAAACUUCGCUUCACAGCUCUACAGUGCUUCUUCUGCUGUACACAAACAGCUGUUUUGGCUGUAAUAUUGGAGAGGGAUCCUUCAGCAUGGAAGCUUGGAUGGGAUCUUAACCUUCUUGCUGUGGCUUACUGUGGGUUGGUUGUAACGGGGGUUUCCUAUUGGCUCCAACUGUGCGUUAUCGAGGAGAAAGGUGCAGUAUUCCCAGCAUUGUUCACUCCUCUUGCUUUUAUAAUCACUGCCAUUUUCUCCGCAUUUGCCUGGCGGGAGACACUUCACUGGGGAAGUGUUGGUGGGAUGAUUUUGGUGGUGGUUGGACUUUACAGCGUGCUGUGGGGGAAGAACAGAGAAAGUAAAAGGGAACGAAGCCAUGAAAUUGAAAGCACACGACAGUUAAGAGACGACAAUCACACGUCUACAUUGGACAUUCCCACAACACACAACGCCCCAGUGUCUAGAAGUAUAGCACCCUCAACAAAGUAG